CCGGGAAUGCUGAUCAGGAAGGCCUGGUGAACUAAUGGCCCUCCUAAGUACCCGAUCCCGGCGAUCGCGGGAGGAUGGCAUGGAUACUUCUGAUUCUGAUACAUUGCCAGCGGAUAGCGAAUAUGAGAAGCGACUUGAGAGCCUCAAGAACACACAUUCCCAGGGGCUGUCACAUCCUCAGACUGGAGUCGAUGUUCGGCGUGCCGAAGAGGACUUCGAGCAAGCAGCUUUCGGUUGUCUCGCAUCUGAAGAACAAUGGGAUCUUCAAGCUGCCCUUCACAGGAACCAGGCCGCUGAAGUCGAGGCCGGAAUCAGGCCGAAGCGUCAUUUGGGAGGAUCUCACGGUGCGUGGUAUUGGAGGAGUCAAGAACAUUGUCAAAAUGUUCCGGAUGCAAUUAUCGAUUUCUUCAAUGUUCCAGGAACCAUCAUGAGCAUUUUUGGCAUUGGCAAAAAGGGCACUGAAUAUGAGCUUUUGAAAAAUUUCAGGGGCGUGGUUAAGCCUGGUGAGAUGGUGUUGGUUCUCAGCAAGCCGUCGGCUGGCUGUAUGACAUUCCUUAAGACUUUCGCGAAACGGUUCAGGGGCGAGGCAGUAUAUAACCAGGAAGACGAUAUCCAUCACCCUACUCUCACUGUCGCUCAGACUCUUGGGUUUGCCCUAGAUACAAAGACUCCAGGCAAGCGGCCCAUUGGCAUGUCAAAGGUUGAAUUCAAGGAAAAGAUCAUCAACCUCCUGCUCAAAAUGUUCAAUAUUGAACACACUGCAAACACAAUCAUUGGCAACCAAUUCAUACGCGGCAUUUCUAGUGGUGAGCGGAAAUGUGUGAGCAUUGCGGAGAUGAUGAUCACUUCCGCCACUGUUCUUGCUUGGGAUAAUACUACUCAGGGUCUCGACGGGACAACCGCUUUGGAUUAUGCAAAAGCUAUUCAAAUCAUGACUAACAUUUACCAGACCACGACGUUCAUCUCACUUGCUCAGGCGUCAGAAAACAUCUAUAGCCAAUUCGAUAAGGUCAUGGUUCUAGAUGAAGGACACCAAGUCUUUUUUGGCCCCGCAUCUGAGGCCCGUCAAUAUUUUGAAGGUCUGGGCUUCAAAGAGAAGCCCCGCCAAACUACUCCUGACUAUUUGAUAAGCUGCACUGACCGCUUCGACAGAGAAUACAAGGAAGGCUGCAAUGAGGAAAAUAACCCGUCAACACCGCAGGCGCUUGCUGAGGCGUUCGAUAAGUCCAGAUGUAAUCAGCAACUGAAAGAUGAGAUGGCCGAAUAUCGCGCCAAUCUCGAAGUUGACAAGCACGUUUAUUCAGACUUUGAAAUCGCCAAUCGCGAAGCAAAGAGAAAGUUUACCCCAAAAUCUUCGGUUUACUGUAUCCCUUUCUAUCUCCAGGUCUGGGCUCUCAUGCGUCGUCAAUUCCUCAUUAAAUGGCAGGACAAAUUUGCGCUGACCGUUGCUUGGAUAACUUCAAUUACUAUUGCUAUGGUUCUCGGUACCGUUUGGCUGAAACUACCAAAAACCAGUGCUGGCGCUUUCACUCAGGGCAUUUUCGAACUGGCUUCAACCAUGAUAGGACGCCCCAUUGUGAACAGGCAUAGAGUCUUCAGCUUCCACAGGCCCAGCGCUCUGUGGAUUGCUCAAAUCAGCAUAGACCUAGCGUUUUCAUCCGCGCAGAUGUUGGUUUUCAGUAUAAUUGUGUAUUUCAUGUGCAGCUUGGCAUUGGAUGCGGGUGCAUUUUUUACAUUCGUCAUCGUCAUCAUCCUUGGAUAUCUUGCAAUGACCCUAUUCUUUAGAACUGUCGGUUGCAUAUGCCCUGAUUUCGACUAUGCAAUGAAAGGCGUUUCGAUUAUUCUCACAUUGCUUGUUUUGACAGCUGGAUAUCUUAUUCAGUGGCAGAGCAGUCAAGCUUGGCUCCGGUGGAUCUUUUACAUCAAUGCUCUUGGGCUGGGAUUCGCAGAAACUCUUAUUCCAGCAGGGCCAGGCUAUAGCAACAUUGCACAUCAAGCCUGUACCCUUCCUGGUUCUGAGUCUGGAUCCAGGAUAAUAUCCGGAACAGAUUACCUGAAUGUUGAAUUUAGUUACGAUGUCAAAGAUAUGUGGAGAAAUUUUGGUAUUAUCAUCAUCCUUAUUCUUGCCUUCCUCUUCACGAACUCAUUCCUAGGCGAGACUGUCAACUGGGGAGCGGGGGGUAAGACCAUCACCUAUUUUGCAAAAGAAACUCCUGAAUUGAAAAGGUUGAACGAAGAUCUCAUGAAGAAAAAGAAAAAGCGGCAGAACAAGGAAGUCGAUGAGACAGAGAGUGAGCUUAAGAUCGAAUCCAAGGCUGUUCUGUCAUGGGAAAACCUGAACUAUGAUGUUCCAAUUCAAGGUGGUACAAUCCGCUUACUUUGCUAUGAUUUUGGAUAUGUCCGGCCGGGAACGCUCACAGCCUUGAUGGGCGCAAGUGGCGCUGGCAAAACAACAUUGCUUGAUGUUUUGGCUGCUCGUAAAAACAUCGGAGUCAUCAGUGGAGAUGUUUUGAUCAAUGGUCGCCCCCCAGGCACAUCGUUCCAGCGUGGCACAGCGUAUGCGGAGCAACUUGAUGUGCACGAACCCACACAGACUGUCCGGGAGGCUCUUCAAUUUUCAGCUCUGCUUCGCCAACCAUACGAGACCCCGGAGACUGAGAAGUUUGGGUAUGUGGAAGAAAUCCUAUCACUGCUUGAGCUGGAAACCCUUGCAGAUGCGAUCAUCGGCGAUCCAGAAACGGGACUCUCAGUCGAGGAGCGGAAGCGUGUCAUCAUUGGAGUGGAACUUGCAGCGAAGCCAGAGCUUCUGCUUUUCCUUGAUGAGCCGACAUUCAAUGUUGUCCGCUUCCUGCGCAAACUCGCUGACGCUGGCCAGGCUAUUCUGUGCACCAUUCACCAGUCUAACUCUGCGAUCUUUGAAACUUUCGAUCGCCUGCACCUCCUUCAAAAAGGCGGAGAGUGUGUUUACUUCAGAGACAUUGGCAAGGAUGCACAUGUUCUUUUGGAUUACUUCCGACGGAACGGGGCUGACUGCCCCCUCAAUGCUAACACUGCAGAAUGGAUGCUCAAUAUGAUUGGAGCUGGACAGUCACCACACGUAGAACCCCGGGAUUGGGGUGAUAUCUGGCGUGACUCUCAUGAACUAGUCAAGGUUAAAGAAGAGAUCGCCACUAUGAAAGCAGAGCGAAUACAGUCGGUUCAGGAUGAGACAGCGGAAUUAGAAAAAGAAUAUGCCACUCCCCUACUGCACCAGAUCAAGAUUACCGGCCUCGUCUUCAUGCAGCUGGAUGACUCCCGUAGCUCGCUUCAAUACCGCAUUUUCAUUAUCUUCCAGAUCACUGUCAUCCCGGCGCUUAUUCUAGCACAGGUGGAACCGAGAUAUGAUAUAGUGUGUAUGAUCUUCUAUCGCGAAUCAGCAUCUAAGACUUAUAAGCAGUUCCCGUUUGCUCUGUCAAUGGUUCUUGCGGAGAUUCCAUACAACAUCCUCUGUUCAGUAAUAUUCUUCCUCCCAAUCUAUUAUAUUCCAGGGCUACAAUCAUCCAGCGAGCGUGCAGGAUAUCAGUUCCUCAUGGUUCUGAUUGCUGAGAUGUUCGCCGUGACAGCUGGGCAGAUGAUCGCGGCAUUAACCCUUAGCGCAUUCAUCGCGGCCCAGCUGAACCCACCCUUCCAUAUCAUUCUCGCUCUGUUCUGUGGCGUUGCCAUUCCCAAGCCUCAAAUUCCACGCUUCUGGCGUGUUUGGCUUUAUGAACUCAACCCAUUCACCCGGCUCGUCAGUGGAAUGGUGACAACAGAGCUGCAUCAGCGACAAGUUGUCUGCACUAUUGCUGAACGCAAUACCUUCUCUGCGCCUUCUGGCAUGGACUGUGGCACUUAUAUGCAGCCUUUCUUCGAUAUGGGCGGUCCUGGUUAUAUUACUGACAAUGCGACAAGUGCCUGUGAGUAUUGCGCAUUCAAGGUUGGCGAUCAAUUCUACCAAAACUUUGGAAUGGAUUAUGGCACUCAGUGGAGAGACCUGGGCAUCUUCGCCGCAUUCAUCGCAUCGAAUCUUAUUUUGCUAUUUAUAGGGUCUUGA